UGUGGCGGCGUCUCUAACUGAAGUUUAUUGCUUUCGGUUUUGGUCGAGAGAGAUAAAGUUUAUAUAAGUUUUUUCGUUUCAACAUUCUUCUCUAGCGUAUGGCUGAAGACGUAAUAAAGUAGAGAUGCACUGAGGAUGCAUUGACUACGAAAGAAUCAAGACUUAAGGUGCAAAAAAACCAAAUUUGGCUCGGAGUAUAUAAUAAUGAAGGCGGAAGCUAUGUGAUGGGUUUUUUUUCAAGUCAAUAGCGAAGGAAUAGCAGUCAUGAUUCCGUCUUUACUCAUUCUACUAAUAAGCUUUACGACUAUUAACUGCACAAAUGUGGCGUCUGCCUGGAAGGCGCGUUCGACGUCGCGCUCAACUGAUCGGGUUUGAAGAAUAUUGCCGUAUACCAUAUGUAUCCCUUAUACGUCUUGAUCGAGAUGGAGAAACACAACCAGGUGAAUGCAAUCAGUCGCAAAGGGAGAAAAAUCUCAGUUUUCUUAGGGCUAUCUUCACAAAUGAUGAAAAUGAGGUUCUUGCAGCGAUCGAGGCCGGAGUCGAUGUUGAUUUUGUCGAUGAUGGAAAAUCUGCACUAUUCUACGCCGUUUUAGGUGGUAAUUACAAAAUUGUUGAAGCUUUGAUCAAGGCUGGCGCUAAUGUUAACAUAACUAAUGACGAUGGAAAAACUCCAUUAUCUUAUUAUGCAGCUGAAGGAGACCAUCGAGAACAGUUUUUAUUGGAGAAUAGAAUGCUUAUUGGUUUGGAAUCCAAAGAUAAAUCAAGUGUGGCUUCUAUACUAAUCAAGGCCGGAGCUGACGUCAAUAGAACUGAUGAUGAAGGCAAAACUGCUUUAAUGCAUGCUCUUCAAAAUGACAACGUGAGGUUGGCUUAUGAGCUUAUCGAUAGUGGUGCUGAUGUUAAAGCCAUUGAUGAGAAUGGAAGAACUGCAUUGUUUUACCCUUCCCUUUGUGAGAAUACAAGUGUGCUUCAAAAGAUAUUAAAAAGUGUUGACAUCAAUACGACUGAUCAUUGGGGCAAAACUGCUCUGAUGCUUGCUGUGGAGCAGAAUCGAGAAAGCAUUGUUGCUGAACUAAUCGAAGCUGGUGCCGAUGUAAAUGUGAUAGAUAAAAAAGGGAGCACAGCAUUGGUGUAUUGUUCUCAAAUAUCUGAUGAACAAAUGCCCAUGUACGAUGAUUAUCAAGUAAUCAGUGAACGUAAAAAAAACAUUCUUUCUAUGUUGAUCAAGGCUGGUGCUGAUAUGAACAGAAGAGAUCAUCUUGGAAAAACAUCCUUGAUUUAUUGUGUUCAAAAAGGAAUCCCAGAGGAAGCUUUUUACAUGUAUUCUGCAGUAGUAAGCUUAAGAGAUAAUUUGGAAAUUGAAAAUGCAGUUGAUUUCGAAGGUUUAGCCUUUGAGCUAAUUAAGUCUGGUGCUGAUGUAAAUAUAACAGAUAAUGAAGGUAAAAGUGCUUUGAUUUAUGCUUUGCAAGAAGAAAAUGAAAAUUUAGCCUGUACAUUAUUAAAGGCCAGUGCUGAUGCUAACAUAACUGAUGAAAAAGGAAAGACUGCUUUAAUUCAUUUUGCUCGCAUUCAAAGCGAAAGCACAGAACACCAUGAUGGUGAUCAUCCAGUAAGAAGUGAUCCAAAUGACCACAACAUACUAGCUUCUAUGUUAAUCAAAGCCUCUUCUGAUGUUAACAAGACUGAUAAUGAAGGUAAAUCUGCUUUAAUGUACUCUCUUCAAAAUGGCAAUGAAAGUUUGGCCUGUGCAUUGAUUGAAGCUGGUGCUGAUGUGAAUAUAAUAGAUGAAGAAGGCAAAACUGCUCUGAUAUAUUGUGCUCAAAAUAAAGUAGAAAGGAUGUAUCACCUGCAAAUGGGCAAAACUUCCAGUUAUUCUUCAAAAAGUGAUACAGUUAUCCACAACAGAGUAUUUUCAGUUUUAAUCAAGGCAUGUGAUAAUGUGAACAAAACGGAUAAUGAAGGCAAGACUGCUUUGAUUUACUCUCUACAAGAGGACAAUGAAAGUUUGGCUUGUGCUCUGAUUGAAGCUGGUGCUGAUGUCAAUCUUGUUGACAAUGAUGGCAAAACAGCACUUUUUUAUGCUGCAAUAUACAAUAAUAAAAAGCUUGCAAAUAUUUUACCUGGACUGAUCAUGUACUACGACAGCAUGGGACAAAAACCGGAUGAAGCCAUUACGAUCCUGUUACGUCAAAAAUAUGUCAUUCCUAAAUUGCUUGAUGCUGGUGCUGAUGUAAACGUAACUGAUAAGCGAGGAAGAACUGCUCUAAUGUAUUAUGCAGAAAAUGAAUACAUCAAUAUCAUAAACCAAUAUUUGGAAUUGGAUGGCAAGUUUAAAAGCUGGUUUGCUCAUGUAGAGAAUGAAUACAACCAUUUGGCAUCUGCUCUCAUAAAGGCUAGUAAAGAUGUUAACAUUGUUGAUGAUCAGGGCAAAACAGCACUUGCACACUUCCUUGAAAAUAGCAAAGAUUCUUGUGCUAUAGAACUAAUGAAUGCUGGUGCUGAUGUUAACAUCACUGAUGUUGAUGGAAAAACUGUACUUUUCUAUAUUCCAGCUAAUUGUGACAAGACAGUCAUCGAGAAAAUAAUCAAAAGUAGUAUCAGUCUUAACAUUACAGAUAAUGAAGGCAAAACUGCUUUGAUUUACUCUCUACAAGAGAACAACGAAAGUCUGGCUUGUGCUCUGAUUGAAGCUGGUGCUGAUGUAAAAAUGGUUGACAAUACUGAGAAAAAUGCAUUGUUUUAUGCCACAAUAGGGGGUUGUAAAAAUGCAUUUUCUAAAUUAGCUAAUAUUGUUGACAUUAAUGUUAUUGAUAAUCAGGGCAAAACUGUAUUAAUGUAUGCUGUUCAGUAUAUUAAGACAAGUUUUGUGUCAGAAUUAAUUGACUCUGGUGCUCAAAUUAAUGUAGCUGAUAAAGAUGGCAAAACUGCUUUGAUUUAUUGUGCUCCAAGUCUAAUGAAAGUGAAAGGAGUAUGGUGUAUUGGAUAUAAAAAGUCAAGGAAUCCACAAGAAUUAGAACAAGCAAAAAUUAGUACCAUUAGUAACAUCGUAACAGUUGCAUCCAUGUUAAUCCAGGCUGGUGCUGAUAUUAACGUGAGUGACAAUGAAGGCAAAACUGCUUUGAUUUAUUCUUUACGAGAUGAAGAUAAACGUUUGUCUUGUGCAUUGAUUAAAGCUGGUGCUAAUCUCAGUAUUAUGGAUGAGAAUGGUAAAACAGCACUGUUUUAUGCUGUUUUAUAUAACAGAUCAAGUGUUGUUCAGGUUUUGAUUGAUGGUGGUGCUGAUAUCAAUUUAUGUGACUGUGAAGGAAAAACAGCUUUAAUUCACUGUGCUCAACAUCAAAUCCAAACCAGGGAAAAACAAAGGAUGUACAGGUACAGGUACUCAAUGUCCAGGUACCAUGAUGGUGAUCAUCCAGGAAGUGAUAGAAAUGACCACAACACUGUAGCUUCUAUUUUAAUCAAGUCUUCUGCUGAUCUCAACAAAACAGAUAACAAAGGUAGAACUGCCUUGAUUUAUUCUCUGCUUAAUGACAAUCAAGAUUUGGCUCGUACUCUGAUUGAAGCUGGUGCUGAUAUCAAUGUUGUUGAUCAAGAUGGCCACACUGCAUUGUUUUAUGCUUUAAUUGGUAACAAAGAAAGAGCAAGAGUUGAAAAUUUGAUGAAAUCAUUUAGCAUUUCUGACAGUGAGGAGGAAACUACUUCAAGUCUAAGUGCUCAAGAUAGUGAACGUUUAGUUAUUAAAUUAAUCAAUGCUGGUGCUGAUGUCAAUUUGAAAUAUGACAAAGAUGAAACUGCUUUGAUUUACUCUGCUCGAAAUGGCAAUAAGAUUUUGGUAUCUGCAUUGAUCAAGGCUGGUGCUGAAGUAAAUGCUAUUGAUAAUGAAGGCAAAACUGCUUUGAUAAACUGCACUUGUUAUGGUGACAACCCCAGAUCAUUACGUAUGACUGCUACAUUUCAUACAAGUGAUGAUUUCAGGGACAUUGCUUUUGCAUUAAUCAACGCAGGUGCUGACGUAAAUGUAAAAGAUAAUACAGGGAAAACAGCUUUAAUUCAUUGCAUUCAAAACAACAAUGAAGAUAUGGUUUCUGGAUUGAUUAAAGCUGGUGCUGAUGCCAACAUUACUGAUCAUGAUGGUGUUUCAGCUAUUUUCUAUGGCGUAGGCAAUGACAAGAUUGUACAUUUACUGAUAAACAAUGGUAAAGCAAAUAUUAACAAGAGAGAUCAUUAUGGCAGAGUUCCUUUAUAUUAUGCAAUGAAGGAAUCCCUUAUUUCAGCCCAACAUCUUCUUGACAAUAGCUGUGGUCUGAAGGGAAAGGAUCGUUAUGGUAUAAGCAUAUUAUCAUUCUUCAUUGAACAUUGUUUGAGAGGGAAAGGGCAUACAUGUAUGACUGAAGGUUUAAAUCUUUUGCUAGAAAAAGGAAUAAAGCAAGAGGCAAUAUUUAAGGCAUUAGUCAAUUCACUGUUAUGCAUGAUCCUUCUUAUUGCCUUGACACUACAAGGGAAAAAGCAAAAUGGCCCACUCUCUAAGAGACAAGAUGUAAAACCAUUCUUUCAAGUUAUAAAUGUUGCCAAGAAGUAUGCACCAAAAGAUAAUGGCCAAAAAUGUGAAAUCGUCCAAAAUAUGAUAGUGAUGAUGGAAAAAGCCACAAAUUUGAACAUGGCAGUCCCUAAGAUUCUAGAAUCACUGGUGGAAUUAGGUGCAAAUCCAAGUUAUGCUGACUUGCAUGGCAACACCGCACUUCACUAUGCAGCCUGCUUGCCACUUGUAGGCAUUUCUCAAGACACAGUACUGAAAAUAUGCCAACAGCUAGACGAUUUAGGGGCAUCAGUUCAUACCAAAAAUCACCAAGAUGAAACACCACUUUUGUUUUGUUUGUCAAAAAAAGACUGGAUAAAUAGGAGCCAAGAAAGUUCAAAAGUGAAGUCCUUGGUUGAUAUUUGUAGUUUUUUAUUGGAACAAGGAUCAAGCCUAGAAGGAACAACACAAAAGGAAAAGUCACUUUUCCAUCUGAUAAUUGACUUAUUCAAUCAAGGUCUCCUUUUACACAAUGAUGAAGUUAGAAAAGAUGUCCUCAAAGAAAGUUUGGCACUGUUACAUUUGUUUUCAAGUUCCCAUGUUACAAAACCUGGAGUGACUGUGAAUAAAAGGGAUGACAACCUGAACUCUCCUCUUCAUCUUUGGGCAAUGCUGGAAUUAAAUUUGCCCAGUGCCGUGCAACCUCAAGCUUUUCAGAAGCAGGUUAUAGCUGCAAUCUUCAAGCAUCUUGUAGACCUUGGAGCAAAACUAAAUGAUGGAAAUAAAAUUGAUCAAACCCCCUUGCAUUUAUGUAAGACCUGGACUGCUGCAAAGCUGUUGAUAGAUGCUGGAGCAAAGACCAAUGUCUUGGAUUCUAAAGGAAAUCCACCUCUUUUGGUUACUGUAGAAAAAAAUCAAAUUUUUAUUGAUGAUUCAAGUGCUAUUUGUAUUUAUCCAGAUAUUUUACUACAACCAAAGGAAUUCUGGAAGACUGUUGUGGAAAAUAAACUUGAUCCCUGGACAGCUAACAAUGAUGGUAAUUCUGUAAUGAGCAUUCUUGUUGAAUCUGAAGCCUUUAAUCUGGCGAGAGCACUUCUUGAUGUUGCUUGUGAGGGAAAUUAUAUUCAAACUGAUGCUAUUGCAGUUUCACUAUUAAAUGCCAUUUGCAAAGAUCGGUCCACGCGUGCCCAGUGGAAAAGUAUUCUUGUUGGACAAAUUUUGAAGUCAAGGGAAAAAGCUAUCCAACAAAGAGAUGGCGAAGAUACACCACUUCAUUAUUGCUGCAGAAACAUUGCAAGAGAAAAAACUUUUGUCUUGCCCUUUAGGCAGAGGCAUUUUCAUGACUUAAAUGAUUUUCUUGUUAAUGACAUGAUGGUAUCAGUCCAUUGGACAAUUGUUAAACAGCUUCUGUCACGUGGUUUUAAAUGUAGCGCUCUUGAUACAUCAGGUCAGUCUUGCACUGAAAUUGCCAAAAAAUGUCCAGUACUUAAAGAUCUCUUAACAAAACCACUGAAUAUUUAUGAGGUUCCUUUGGUCAUCCCAUGGAAAUCUACUUCUAAAACACACAAAUAUGCCUUAGCAAAGGUUGCAAGGAGGCAAGAAUGUAGACAAGUUACAGAUAGUUCAUUUUGGUAUCAUCAAACCUACUUACAAAAAGGCUCAUUUGGACUAGUGUUUGUGGGGAUUAAUGAAAAGGAUGGCAGAGAGGUGGCUAUUAAGCGCACUGAAAAACAACGAAUGCAUCGUCCAGAAGACAAAAGAGAGAUAACAAGUCUUACGGCUCUUGCAGACUGCGAACAGGUGGUCCGUUAUCUAUCCUUUUCUGAAGAUCAAGAUUUUUCCUAUAUAGUUUUGGAAUUAAUGGAAGGAAACCUUACGGAUUACCUUGGAGGUACUAAUUAUGAUGCCAAAAAGAACAUUUCACUAUGUGCUGAUGUAGUAAAAGGUCUGAAAUAUCUACAUGAUCAAGGUAUCAUUCACCGUGAUCUAAAACCAAGUAACAUUCUUUUUAAAACCUUUCCUAAGUUGUGCUUGAAGAUAGCUGACUUUGGUUUAAGCCGGUUUAUUGAUAAGUGUAGCACAUUUGCCACAGUGUAUGGAUCUGUUGCUGGUACCAGGUGCUGGAUUGCUCCAGAAGUAUUGAAGUCAUCAUAUAAGGAACAUUCCAUGCCAUCUGAUGUGUUUUCUUGUGGACUACUACUUCAUUACAUUUUGAUAGUCAAGAAACAUGCUUUUUCCCCAGUAGACUGUGCUAAUAAAAGUGAAUUGCAAAUUCACCUUGAAACUGAAGCCAAUGUGUUAAGAGACAACAGAGAGGGAUGGGGUCACUCACUCUUCCCAGAAGCAACUGACCUCAUAACAUGUAUGCUGGACAAUGUUAAAACAAAGCGACCAACAGCAACCGAAGCACUGGCCCAUCCAAUGUUCUGGCCGAAAAAGAAAAAAAUGGAAUUUUUAAUUGCUGUUGCUAAUCAGCCAGAGAUCGAGUGUCCACGUGCAAAGAGAGUACCUCCAUUAACACCAGUAGAGAUAGAUCUAGAGAAGAGCUUUAGCACAAUCAUCACAGAAGAGACUUGGGAUCAUUCAGGCUAUGUAAACAUGCCCAUAAUUCAUGCUGAAAUGAAGAGGAAGAGAAAAUAUGAUACUAGCUCUGUCAUAGAGUUAGUAAGGUUAAUACGCAACACCCAUGCGCAUAUCUCUGAAGACAAACGACCAACGGCCAUCAGGAAACUAGUGCUUGAAGACUUUGUGUUUUUGGAAUGCUUUCCCAAUCUUGUAAUGGAAGUUUUCAAGUGCAUAAAAAUUCAUAGAUGGUCCGACUCAAGAGAAGAAAUCAAGUAUGCACUAGAUGACAAGAUGACUAACAAACUAAAAGGUAAAAUACACUUUAUUGCUGUUGUGAUUUUUUAAUGUGAAACCAAGUUUAUUUACAA